GAAGCGUACGCGACAGUCGAACGUGAGACAGGGAUUAAUGCAAGUACAAAAACCUUAGUUCUUAUACGCUAGGUUUACCGAGGUAGUUUCGAUUCCUCGCAAAUAAUACAGCAUGAGAAAAAUAAAUUUCCAAAAUGUGAAUACUUUAAACGAUCGAGCGAACAUACUCUCGGGAAAUCUAUUCCUGAUAACAGCCGAUGGUUCGCGGUUUUCAAUACUAUGGCGCAUACAUGGCAUCGUCGUCUGGUUAAUACAGCUGAUUUACACGAUAGUGUUGCUCGCCGGGAUAAUCGUGACGCCAAAAGAAAAGGCUCUAAAGGACGGUACUGUUGCCGUUGUCGUUAUCAUUGAGUCGUGUUUUUUGCUCACGCGUAUUUACGUAAACAAAAAAUUAAUGAUGUCACUGAUUCAGAAAAUAAAUGACAUCCUAGAAACCGCGGAUGAGACCAUGGAGGAUAUUGUGAAGACGACUCUGAAACCAAUAAUAAUGCCGUUUGUAAUUUACGGGAUAGCUGGCGCGUUAUCUAUUACCAUAUGGACCUUACAACCUAUUUUAUUGGUUUACGAGAAGAAUAAUUUUUUUUACGUAGAUUAUAAUUUACCAACCGCUAUUAGCGCCGAGCCGUUCUCUACCAGUGUCUUGAUUUCAUCGACUGUUUUCAUGACGAUUGCCAGUGUAUACAGCUUUCUGAAGAAAUACAGCGUGGACGUAUACAUGAUGCAUUUAGUGUUGAUGUUGACCGCACAAUAUCGAUAUAUGGCAAUAAAAUUAUCAUUAUUAUUUCGAGAUUCUCGUGACGAGUCUCGAAAAGGGCAUCAUCCUAUGACAAAUCGAUGGGCAGAAAAAGAACUGAGAGCGUUAUGUCAACAUCAAAAUACUGUUUUGCACAUAUCGUUUUUGUUAAAGAAACUUCUGUCUGUGAACUUCAGUCUAUUAUAUCUCAACAGCGUUUUUCGAUUUUGCUUUAUAGGUAUCCUAAUGAGCUCGGUGCCAUAUAUGACAUUCAUGGAGGGAAUUUCGGUCUUAUCAUUUACAAUAGGUUCAAUAAUGCAGUUCUUUUUGUUAUGUUCUUCCGUGCAGACAUUAUCAGACGCGAGUACCAAAGUGACGGAUAAAGCAUUUGAUGAAGCCUGGUAUCAAUUUGGACCAUCAAUAAAACGUACAUUUAUACUACUGAUAAUGGCUAACAGUUUAGAGUGCAAAAUUGCAGCAAUUGAAAAAUUCAAUCUGUCUCUGCCUUCAUUUAUGACGAUUAUGAAUCAAUCAUAUUCGAUUGCUCUUCUCUUUUUAAAAGCGAAUUGAAAUAAAAGAUACAUCGCGCAUAUUUAAAACUAUAAAAAAUAUGGUAAAGAAUGGUUAUUGAA